AUGUCAAAAUUAUUUCAGACUUUGGUGUUCCUCUGCGCGGUGGCAGCGGCCACAGCGAUCGCCGUUCCUGUGUAUCCAACCAACAAGGUCACAUAUGCCCCAACUUCUUUCAAUUAUGCUGCGGCACCUGUUCGCAAGGUCACCUACACCCAGGCACCAGUUGCCUACGCUGCAGCACCCAUUGGCAAAGUAGCCUACGCAGAAGAAGAUACACCUGCCAAUUACGAAUUCAGCUACUCCGUUCACGACACCCAAAGCGGCGACAUCAAGCAGCAACGCGAACAACGUGCCGGCGAUUCCCUCCAAGGCUCUUACUCCCUGGUACAGCCUGAUGGCGUCCACCGUAUUGUGGAAUACACCUCUGACCACGAGCAUGGCUUCAACGCUGUUGUGCGUUACGAGGGUCAACCUAUUGAAGCUCCCGUCAAGGUCGCCUACGCUGCACCUGUCGCCAAGGUCGCUUAUGCCGCUCCAGUCACCAAGAUCGCCUAUGCUCAGGCCCCAGUUACCAAGUACGCUUACGCACCUGCUCAAGUCAACUACGCAACAGCCCCUGUAACCAGGGUAGCAUAUGCCCAAGCUCCGGUUAAUUACGCUGCCGCGCCCGCAAAGUUUGCCUACUCUGCACCCGUUGGCCAGGUCUCCUUCUCAUCCCCAGCCUACUCUUACAAUCACUAA